GGUGGCUCCGACCCGGCUGUCCCCACCCCGCAGGACCCGGAGCAGAGGCUGUGGGAGGCCGAGCGCCGGGAGCGAGCCCUGCAUGGCCGCCUGGCCCGCCUGGAGGAGCAGAACCGGCAGCUCCUGGGGCAGCUGGUGGAGAGCCAGUCCCAGGAAGAUAGCACGGCGCGGAAGGAGCGGGAGGUGAUGCUGCGGCUGAAGGAGGUGGUGGACAAGCAGAGGGACGAGCUCCGUGCCCAGGCCCACGAGAUCGUCUGCAAGAGCCGAGACACGGAGGCGCUGCAGGAGCAACUGCAUCGCUUCAUGGCCAUGAACGAGGACCUGCGUCACAAGGUGGCCGUGGUGCAGGCACAGCUCAAGAGCGCGCUGGAGAAGAAGUCGGACCUGGAGGCCGCGAUGCUGCAAACCCAGAGGGAAACAAGCAGGAGGAGCAGGACUGCCUCUGAGAUCCAGCGGCCAAAGCCCAGCCUGGAAGGAGCAUCAUCACCCACGGAGGAGCUGCAGCAUCAGGAUGUGGGCAGGAGCCCGGAUCACUGCUGCUUCUCCAAGGAAGAGCUGCAGCAGAUCCUGCAAGAGCGGAAUGAGCUCAAGACCAACCUGUUCCUGGUGCAGGAGGAACUGGCCUAUUACCAGCGGGAGCUGCUGAAUGAAGAGAGAGUUCCCAGCUUCUUCUUGGAUGCAAUGAAGUCGACUAUCAAAAGACAAAGAAAAAAAAUCAGAGCCAAAAUGCUGGGAACGGUGGAGGAAUCGGAGAGCAGCGAUGAAGAUGAGGGUUCCUGGCUCCCAGCUCACGGCACAGACUCUGUGGAUGCUCAGCCUCCUGAAUCCAAAAUUAGGAGCUUUUUUGGGCUGUGGUAUCAAGGCAGCAGCAAAGACCCCCCCACAUCCAGCUGCUCCGGAACCUGGGAAAUCAUCGACUCACUGGACACGCAGCUGGAGCCGAAGGAAAAGAGCGAGCACGCAGGCAGCUCCCCCGACAGAGCCACGCCAACCCUCUGACCCCACCGGAACGGAGUCGGAUCUGGCCUCGCAGCAGCACCUCCCAGCUCCUCUUCUUCCAGAUGGCAGCUCUGGCCCCUUCCCCAUCCAGUGGUGAUGGCGAAGCUGCAGCGUGGGCAGCCUCCUCCUCCACACCCCUCCCCGGGAUGCUCGGCCGCAGGGUGCUGGCCUGGCACAGGCUGGCUCAGCACCUCCGGGCAUCUCUGCCUGUUGGCCACCCUUUUGUUGUGCCCAUGGGCUUAACUCCAGGGGUCCUGCACAGCCCCGCUCCCCACCUCUCUGUGCUGCUCAGCAUGGUGGGGGUCUGCACCACCUUCACGCUGCUGCGCCCCAAAGGGCUUUUCCCAUCUGCUGGUGGCUCUUUCCGCCAAGCACCUCUGCUCACAGCCCAGGAUCCCAUCGCCCAAUCCUGCCCUCUGGGGGUAUUUUGCUUCACCUCUUUCUGUUCAUAUCUUCCCCCCAUCCCUACAAUGUGAAGGUCAACUUAGGGUUCCCCGGGCCGGGCAGCUGGGUGCUGUCCCGGGGUCACCGCAUGGCUGGGAGGGGCUGAGCACAGCACACCGGGUGUCCGGGUGCUCCCGUCUCUGGGAGCAGUCGGGAUCAGCACCACGAGUGCCACUCCUGCACUCUUCAGGCGUGGGGUGAAUUGGUUUGGUACUGGAACCUCUUCCUUCUAAUACUGGGAAGACUGGAAUAAUCCUUGUGUUCACGGGGGCAAGUUGGGCCCCUUGGUCAGGUACUUUCUAGCUCUAGAAGUGGAGUUGGAAAUAAAUCAAUCUCUUGUUUCUCCUCCAA